UGUUGGCUUCUCAGCAGCGGCUGUGUUGGGCUAUAUUGGGAGACUGUUCGCUGCUGUGGAACUAGGAGCAGGUGGAGGGCGGAGUCCAGAUCUCAAGCCGUACAUGGAGUAAGAGCUGAAAAACACAGUAGAUGUUGAUGACGGGGAAGGAUUUGGCCAAUUGUCAUGGGAAAAUCAUAUUAUUAGAAGGUUUAGCAGGACCUCUGUGUGCCGUCGAGCUUCCAGUGCUGUAUUAAUUUGAGUUUGUGGACACACUUCCCAUCGCAUUGCUCCAGCUGUUAAGUCAGAGUGUGCGGUUGCUCCAAACCUUUUGGUUGCAACCAGACGACUUGGUGCCAGCAUCUGCGUGGUUGGAUGUAAAAGUAUAAGAAGAUGCCUGCUAUUCUAGUUGCCUCCCAGAUGAAGCCGGGAUUGCCCAAACCUGUGCAUGGCACUGCUCUACCCAUCCCAGCCAGGGUUGCAAGUCUUGCGACCCACCAGAAUAUACCUCUGAAGCCGGUGCAGCCCAGCCUCAUGCCACUGAAGUCUCCCAUCUACAGGCAGCAGAGUCAAGGCAGUGCGACUUUACAGAAAAAGUACCAGACCACCAAAGAAACAUCUCAAGACCCUCAGAUUUAUACAGAUUGGGCCAACCACUACCUAGCCAAGUCCGGACACAAGCGCCUGAUUAAAGACCUCCAACGGGAUGUUGCCGAUGGCGUUUUGCUGGCAGAAAUCAUUCAAGUUGUAGCAAAUGAGAAGAUUGCCAAUAUCAACAGAUUCCCAGAGAGUCAUGCUCAAAUGAUUGAGAACAUUGAUGCCUGUCUGGGCUUCCUGGCUGCUAAAGGGGUGAACAUAAAGGGACUUUGUGCCGAAGAGAUCCGUAAUGGCAAUCUAAAGGCUAUUUUAGGCUUGUUCUUCACUCUGUCACGCUUCCGACAGAAGCAGCAGCAGACUUUGAAACAGGCCUCCAGCAAUGUUCAGUUGCUCCAGAACAAGCAGCCCAAGCGAUGCACCAGUCCUGCGCUGCCUCCUCACACUCCUCCCCGUAGCUCUUCCUGUCCUUCUCCCAUCCACCAACACUACACCUCCUCCACAUGUGCACGGAAACCACAGACAGACCUGCAGCCCAGGCUUCUGAGUCCCUCUGUGAGGGCGGGUGGAGAGAGUAAAGCUCGAACCUCAAACACCAACAGACGCAGCCAAAGCUUCGACCAAUGUGACCGAUUAAAGCCGUCUAUCGCUGCCUGCGCUCAUGAAAGAGAGAAAAACAUAAUGGUUGAUCAUGGACCAAUCAGCUCGUCCAUUCCUCCAGCCAGCUGCACCAGCUCUACCGCUACCCCCUCUAAACCCUGGAGAAGCAAGUCGCUUAGCGCUAAACACACUGCUACAUCCUCCAUGGUCACAGUUAAACAACCACCCCCGGAUUCUCUUGAGGUUCCUCCUAAGGUGAUCGCCCAGAAGUCCAUGCUGGAAAAGCUCAAGCUCUUCAACAGCAAAACGGGUUCCAGAACUUCCAAACAUGUCAGUACAGAAGAUGUCAAUGCUGUUGAACCAGGAGAAGGCCAGAUUUGCCCCAUACACCCUGAAGCCCUCCAGGGAAACCAAAGGCCUCUCACUCCCAGCAGUUCUGGUGGUUCAAGUCCCAAGUUAGCGCUUCAGGACAUUGCACAUUCGACGCUUGGAAGGGCUCUGGCACCCAAAAUAACUAAGUCAAAGCCUAAAGAGAAAGAGAAGCUCAAAAAUCUUCCUGUUACAGAACCUGAACAUCAUAAAGGAGAUACCAAAACUGAUGGACAUGCUGCACCCAACACUAAGAAGUCUGUUUCUAAAGGAAACAAAGCCAAGAAAGACCGUGCCAAAUCAGCCAUGAGUGGGAUUCCUAAACCAAGCCAGGGAGGAAAGUGUUCAACUGUAAAUAAGAUUGUAGCAUCACCCCCUUGUGGUCCGGAAAGAGAACGGCUUUGGAAUGGAAAGAUGGGAGGGCUGUCUGUGCAUAAAGGGCAGAAAGACAGCAGAAAUUACAGCUCUACAUCUAGCUUCGCAUUUUCAGAAGGGAAAAGUUGCCAAGAUCUAACUCUUGGUGCUCAGACCCACUCAACUGUCAGUAAUACAGUCAGUGUCCAACUUCCACAGCUCCAACAACAAUACCACCAUCCCAACACGGCUACUGUCGCUCCAUUCAUGUACAGGUCUCAAACAGAAAUUGACAAGACUGGGCUUUUGGCAAGAUUGGAGGAAAGAAGAGAACGAACAGGCCUGUGCAGCAAAUCCAUCCAUACUUCUCUGGAGGACCUGACAGGUGAGGUCUCAGAAACCAAGAGGUUAUGUACUGUGAAAAACAUUGCUGAUCUAAGGCAAAACCUGGAAGAAACCAUGUCCAGUCUGCGGGGGACGACGUAUUUCAGUCACAGCACCCUCGAGACGACCUUUGACAGCACUGUAACUACUGAAAUCAAUAGGAGGGCUUUGCUUGCCCUCACUUCCCGCCCUGCCUCUGCAUUACCAUGGCGGCUGGGCUCAUCCAGUCCUCGCCUACAAGCUGGUGAUGCCCCCUCUUCAGGAAACACAGUUUCACAGCAUGGCAGUGGCUGUGGGCAGCACACACACAGGGAUCAGACCUGCACGCACAGUGGUGUCCUCUGCGACCUUGAACUUUCUGAGAAGGUGGAGGAGCUGGAGGGGGUCGCCAUGGAAAGAGCGGGGUACAUGAGUGAUGGAGACGUCCUGGGCAAGAGCAUGAAGAUGGAUACGGUCACCAAUGGAUAUAUGACGGACGGAGGUCUCAACCUGUACCCCAGGAGGGUUAACCGAGUCUCAGAUAGAAUGAACAGCGUGAGAGGGACCCUUCACCACUUUAAUCCCAAGAGUCAAGAGGACACUGAUAGUUGGGACGACAGCAGCUCAGUCAGCAGCGGGAUCAGUGACACCUUGGUCACAGAUGACCUCGACACCAGGUCGUCCAUUAGCUGCUACGUCAACACCCCAUCUGUCCCACACAGAGACGUAGAUGAACAGGUCAGUCACUGAUACCAGAGCCUCAAGG